UGGUCAUCUCCUGUUCUAUGUCCGCAGUCUCUGGUCUUCCCCUGUACUAUGUCCGCAGUCUCUGGUCAUCUCCUGUACUAUGUCUGCAGUCUCUGGCAUCUCCUGUACUAUGUCUGCAGUCUCUGGUCAUCUCCUGUAGUAUGUCCGCAGUCUCUGGUCAUCUCCUGUACUAUGUCCACAGUCUCUGGUCAUUUCCUGUACUAUGUCUGCAGUCCAUUGGUUCAGAAUAUUUUUUUUUUCUUGUUUUCCUCCUUUAAAAACUAGGUGCGUCUUAUGGUCAGGUGUGUCUUAUGGAGCGAAAACUAUGGCAUAUAGAGGCCUCUGUAUACCUGUAGGGUUAUUUUCUGGCAUCUUUAUUAAUUGAUUUCCUAAUCCUUAUUGAGAUAUAUUCUCUGUAUGUUGCUUGUUAUUACAUUGGUUUUCAACUUGUUUCAUCCAGUCUGAUAAUGUUGGGAAUGUUUACUUCUCUCCUUUUCUCUUUCUUUUUCUUGUGGUUUUAAUUAUAUAUUUGUUCU